AUGAAUAUUACUGAGACUACACAGGGGCUAUUAAAAGCAAAGCAAGAUAAGAAUCUGACGUUUGAAGCAAUAGGGAAAGCGAUUGGUAGAAGCGAAGUUUGGGUUGCUGCACUUAUUUAUGGCCAGGCUAGUGCUUCCAGUGAAGAAUGUCAAAAAUUACUGGAAAUAUUAGGAAUUCCGGAGUCUGCACGUGACUCUUAUAUUCAAGUUUUGCAUAAAUGUCCGUCCAAAGGUGGUUUGAUUACACAUUUCCCACCAACAGAUCCUCUGUUAAAUCGUUUUUACGAGAUAAUGCUGGUGUAUGGUGUUCCUAUGAAAGAAAUUAUACAUGAAAAAUUCGGUGAUGGAAUUAUGAGUGCAGUUGAUUUUACAUUAAAAGUGGAAAAAGAUGAAUCAAAAGCAGACGAAAAACGGGUCAAUAUCCUUAUGUCUGGAAAAUUUCUGCCAUAUAAGAAGUGGUGA